CUCGAUCGUAAUUCUGUUUCACCUCCAAAUUGAAACGGCCACUGCCGCCUGACGACAAGAGAAAGCCUCCAUCUAGCUCAAAGAGCAACCAUGAAUGCCAUUCGCGAUGUGAUCUACGCCUUCAAGGCCAAGUGGUUCGACCAGCAUGCACAGUACGUAUGGCUCCUCUCUAUCGUCGUCGCCGCCGUGAACUGCGAUUCCGUAGGAUGCACCGCAACUUCAACGUCCGGUAUUUCCCCGACGGCAACCACGUCGAGAUCCUCGACGUGAAGAGCAACAAGUUGUUCCUGAAGAAAACCCAGUGUCCUGCCGGUGUGUCGCCGCAGGACUUCUUCUUGGGCGGGAAGCUUUUGCUGUUUGGCCGCCACUUUGAACUGACCGAUUACUUGGACGCGUUCACGGCCACACAAUUGGGCAAGCAAGCGCAAAAGUCGAUCCUCCUCUUCACACACCUGGGUGCCACGGGCGCAGUGCUCACGCAGCUCCACCACAAUCACUUCACGCUCAGCUACUUGAAGCUAUUCCUCCGCGACGGCAACGUCCCGACGAUUGUCGUCGAAGUCGUGGGGGAGAGCGCCGUGGAGCGUCUGCCGUUGCUCGUGUCGUCGUUGCAGUCCCGAUUUGGCGGCAACCAGCCCGGGUUUGAAGUCGCUGCGACCGCCGCCGACGCCCAACGCUUGCACGACCAGUUUAUGGCCAAGGCGUGGCCGUCCCCUGCGACGUUUGCCAACUGCACGUGCUGCGUCAUCCAGCCGCAUGUGCUCAAGGAAGGCCAGACGGGCGCGGUCGUCGACGCCAUCCUCGACAGCGGCUUGACCAUCACCGCCAUGGAACUGUUCAAUUUGGACAGAACGUCGGCGUCAGAAUUCCUCGAGCUAUAUGACGGUGUGGUCCCCCACUUUAACGAAGCGGUGGAUCACUUGACCAGCGGCCCUUGCAUCGCGCUCGAGCUCAUCGGCGACGGCGACGUGGUCCAGCGUUUCCGAGAAGCGGCCGGGCCGUGGGACAUUGACAUGGCGCGGGAGCUCAAACCGUCGACGAUUCGCGCUCGCUUUGGCACGGACCGCGUGCACAACGCCGUGCAUUGCACCGACUUAUCCGAGGAUGGCGCGUUGGAGUCGCAGUACUUUUUUGAUAUUUUGGCCCGCAAAUAACAAAUGCCCGUCAUCUUGUGUUUUGAAACUCGCGUCGUACUACUAUAAAAUCAAUCUAC